AUGUCAGAUACCAUGAUAUCAGCUAAAUCGGUUGUUGAUGUUUUUCCUCUUGGAUGUCAGUACUUGUUGGAGUUUUGUCAUAAAGAUAGUAUACACAAUGGAUCAAGCACCUUAUCAGGUGACCAGCCUUCUGAUUUCUGGAAAACUUGGGGGUCUGGUGGACUAUUCAAUGAGCUCUAUAUCUCUCAAAAUAGUAUCGUAUGGAGCUGUGGGACAGAAACAGCUUGUUCCUUUCCGAAGCUUGUACUCAAUUUCGAUACUCCGGUCAUAGAUGCGUUCAAAUCUUCAUUUUUUCUACCUGCUCUUCAUUCUGGUCAGGGAUUUAUGCCUCAUGUAAAUGAGAAUAUACCUGGACGAAUUCAAGAAGGAUUGUCUAUUUUUGAGUCGGAACGUAUGACUUUUAUUGAUGAUUCGGGAGAACAAUACACGGUACGGAUUCCAUGUCGUAUAAGAGAGGUUUGGGCUCUGAAUACUCUUGUACUUCUUGAACGUCAGCCAAAUAAUUAUGAAGUCAGGUCCGACAAUCCUAACACAACACCUACGAGUUCAUGUGCAUUGUUUUCUAUGUUCAGCCUCACCCACCCACUUGAUGAAGCUGCUCCUGUUAUCUUAAAAGUCCCUCUACCUAAUGGAGGCUUUGGAAUAGGUUUCGUCAGUGAUGUACAUUUAAAAAUAAUCGGUGUUAUUGCACCGCUUAAUAUGGUUAUAACAUAUCACUCCUUAACCAGGUUACAUUCUGUUUGGCUUUUAGAGAAGGCUUCGUCACAUGACUACAUAUAUUUGUAUCAAAUGGAUCCUGAUGGCCGCGCCAGUGUGGCUACACAUGCGUUGACUGGUCUGGUUUAUCAACCUGAAUCUGUGAAGCAUGUUAAAAGUUCUGAUAAGGAUUUAAGUACUUUUGAUGAACAUUCCGUCCGAUGUUCACUGAACUCUACCAUUUGUUUGAGUCCUUUUGCCGCAUCGUUAUCACGUUUAACGAGAACUGAAAAGCAAUCUUUUCGUCUGAAUCACAGUGGCAAUCGUCGAUCUCCUGGUCAAUCCUUGUCUGCUCCUUUUACGCCUACGAAUCUCGAUUCUUACAUCAGCCGUCUCUCUAAUGUCACACCUUCUAACAACUUGAGCCAUCUGCAAUGUACAGUCAACAGUCCAUCGGGUUUUCUCUUAAGAAGGGGAUCUCUUGUACAAGCACAGCAGGCAGGAAAUAAUGGCACACCCAAACCAGUAGGUAGCAUUCAAACUCCGAAGCACAACUCAAUCAACAUAACUACACUACAUGGACGACUCUCUUCUACGAGGCUCAAUAUUUAUUCUUCUAAUCUGCAUGAAACUCCUGUUCGAACUGAAAAGCUCUACACUAUUGAUCCCGAUCAGGUUGAAAAUUUACUGGAUGAGCCACUGCUCCCGAAAGUUUGUUUGCGUCUGGUAUGGUCAGAGACUCCUUCAGCACGAUCGCAUAGUACACUAACUAACACUGGUUUUUUCAGUCCAUUAAAUAAUGAAUCCAGUUACAAAAAAGAAAACGUUAGUAAUUUUGUUCCUUACGUCUCUGAUCUACCGGCUUCCGGUCGGUUCGCUUUGCUAAGUCGUCGUCUACCAAAUUUACCUUUUCCAGCGUCUAGAACUGAAUCACUUAUUUUUAAUAGUCCUAGUACUACGAAAAACAAAGCUCUUUAUGGUAACUUAUGUAACUCUUCUCAGGCAGUACCAAAGGAUAACAAUGUAACUCUUCCACUACAAAAAUCUGGUCCAGUGAAAUCACGUGCAUUUUUGGCCGUUGAUAUAAUAUCUACUUCGUGGAUUUGUUUUCUUACUGGCACAUCUAUUUUCGAUUGUAGACAGUCCAGAUUGGCUUGCUUACGCAUAAAUGAUAAUUAUCUCGAUUUUUAUCUUCGAGCCUGUGAUGCUGUGUAUGUGCCGUAUUCACGAAUAACUAUUUGUUUGGAACCGGGAGUUGGCAUAGUUUUAUACUCAGGAAUAAAAAAGAUUUGUUUACUUGGCUUAAGUCCACCUCCGCUUCUCAGCAUGUACCUUGGCGUAGGUGGUCCACAAACUGUAAAAUCAAGCAAUCAAAGUAAAGCUACUGGCGUAGAUAAAUCUGCGAACUCCGUAGAUUCUAAUCAAUUUCUUCGUGUGUAUUUGCCAACCACUGCAGAAAACGAAAUGGUUCAACGAUGUUUAACGAGUUUGAAUCGUUGUCUACCUGAAGAUGCAAGUCUUAUGCUUUUUGCUCGUUGGUAUGUAAUAUCAAAUGCUCCAGGAACGAAAAGUUCAUAUAAAUUCCAAGAACCCGAGACAAGUUAUUGCGACGACACAGGUGAUCUUGGGACAAACUGUUUUGAUGGACCUGGAGAAUGGAAUCGUUUUGCUAAUUUCAUAUUAUCAGCUUCAGGUUUUUCUUUUUAUCAUCGGCACACUGGAAACAUCGUAUCUUCGGAAUGUCAAAAUAAUGUAGGUGGCAUCUUCCGAUCGUCUAAACGCCGUCGACCCGGUCCUGAAGAAUCUUCAGAAUUAGAUUGGAAUAACUUGAUCGAUCUCUUAGACUUAGGGUUUGAUAAUGAACUAGUUCAUCCAUCUUUGUUUUUACCAAAAUCAAUUAAUUUGUUGUUUACGAAAAUGGACUUUGAAAAAAAUCUGGCUUUUAGUGAUCAAAAACAAUCCGUUUAUCUUUCAUAUGUUCGUGAUGAUCCUGAUAGUCGUAUUGUACUUUCUUAUCUACCGACAAUAUUGUUCGCCUUUCAUUUAACAUAUGAGGAAGCCAAAUUGAAUUCCAUUUUACAAGAUAAAGUGAAGCAUCUAGCCGAACUCAAUUUCAUCAUUUCAAGUAUAUUAAAUUUGCCGGCUUAUACUACGUUUUAUGAAAAUGAAUAUCCAAGUUUGUGUAACUUAUCUUUAGUUACUGAAGUUAAAUUUCCAACUAAGGAUUUAAAGUGGCCGGAUAAAAUAUCGUUUGAUAUAGCACCUUGCUUGUUAACAUGGAUAACAAGACAGUUGGAAUCAGUUUUUUCUGGUGGGACUUCUGUUAGAAUAAAUCCUUAUCCUUAUCUGACUGGUGUAAAUGAUUUGGCAACUGCCUUAGCAGGAGUAAUCGUUUCAGCUUUAUCCACAGAUAAACUGGAGGUACUUAAAAGCUCUGAUUCAAAGUCCGCAGUUCAAUAUCUUUUGGAGUUUUGGUCCGAUCAUAUAUUCACAUGGAAAACAUUCGUAAAGUCGAGUGGCUCAGUUUAUGAAUGUGCAUCAAGGAAAAGAGAUGAUUUUCCUAUAUUUAAUGAUGAAGAAGUUAAACAUUGGCUACAGAAUGCUGGACCAUACGCUUGUUCUUAUGUCGAGACACUUUUAACUUGCGUUACAUUAUCUAGUAAUAAAUUUUCUCAUGAAAAUGAAUCAACUGGUUUACCGAUUUCUGCACAACACUUGGCAUUAUUAUUUCUUAGUCGAUUGGAGUCGAGCAGUACAGUGUUCUAUGGUGUGUUGAGUAGGAGAUUACGUGUACUUCCACCUGGAUUGUCAAUGGUUUUACGUAUUUUUCUUAGCCGUUGCCGGUUGCAUCCUCCGCCUAAUUGUGAUCCUCAUGUAUAUAGUUUGAUGGGACGUACUGAUUUGGCAAAGCAAGCGCAUAUGUUGAAUCAUCAAGAAAACUCUAUCUUUGAUUCAGUAUUUAAUUGUUCUAAUUCUGUUAGUACAAGUUCUGAGCCAAUUAGUCUAUGUAAAGUAUUAUCUGUGCCUUCGUCUGUCGGUGAAACGUCUUCCUGGUCUAUCGGAGAACGCUGGUCAAAUUUAGUUCUUCCUCUUCGAGAUAUAGACUCAUUAUCCUCGAACGUGGCUGUAUCAUCUCAUGCUCUUUUGUACCAUAUAGAAAACAACCCAUGUUGUCAAGCUUCUUUCAAGAAUGAUUUGCGUCUUCGUGAAGCAUAUCGACUUCUUCAAAGUUUCAGUCAUAUACGUCUUCCUCGUCUGAAUUCCGAAGAUCCUGUCAGUACAUCUCCCAAUAAUGCCUCUGGAUCUGAUUUAAAUGCUCGUUUGACAGAAGCACGGUUUGAGAUGCACUUAGCUGCAGCUGGUAUUCGUGUUUGGGCUUCUGUUAUUGGUCGUGGAAUGCUGACUUUUGGAAUCCUUACAGGUUCGAAAGUACCAACACAACUUCGUGUACCUCCAAUAUGUUUACGUGGUCGAGCGAUUUCUCCAAGCAGUGGAAGGCGUGUUUUGGUUGACCUCGCUCGAGAGCCCCUCGGGCCUGCUAAUACAAAUGUGGGUGCCAACAGGACUGGAACCGCUGAAGCGAUUGCGAGUGGCUUAGACAUAGCUGGGGGUAGUGGAGAUAGACUUAGAACCACUGGUGUCCAGAGUGUUGACGCUUCUAACCAUCCAGGAAAUUCUGUGGCUCUAGCUAUCGCUUCUUCAUUAGCCUCAUGUGGUGCAGGGGCAUCUUUGCGUACUGUAUCCUUAGGACUGAAACGUAUGACACCAAGCAAUAACUUGCUUAACAAUUAUGCUAGUUCCAAUAUUUCCACGACAGCUACAAACUCAGCGUCUUCUACUGCUUCAUUACUGUCCACUGCCAACAUUCAACAGGCUCCAGGAGUACUGGCUGCAAAGCACUGGCCAGAUUUUCAUAAUGGAGUGGCUAUUGGUUUAAGUAUAUCACCUCAUGCCUCGAUAGAUGCAACAUGGAUUUUAUAUAACUGUCGUGCUGCCGGACUCACAUCCACUAAUAAUUCCAGAAAUAAUCUUCGUACUAAUCAAGAUUCCACAUCAUCCCAGGACACGUCUAGUCCAGAACAAGCUGGUCUACUUCUUGGUUUGGGUUUAAAUGGUCAUCUAAACAAAAUUACACCUUAUGAUAUAGGAGAAUAUCUUGUACGAGUGCAUGACUUGCACAAUAUGGCUGUACUUUUAGGGUUAUGUGCUGGGAGACGAGGUACAAUGGAUCAGUCUGUUUUGCGGCUUAUUGCAGUUCAUUACCGUCCACUUUUGCCUUCCAAUCCUUUGAUUAAUGUCCAACUUAGUGUUCCUAAUUUAUGCCAAGCGGCUGCCAUUUUCGGUCUUGGGUUACUUUAUCAGGGAUCAGCACAUCGACAUAUUACUAAUUUAUUGAUUAAUGAGCUAGGUCGUUCGUUAAGUGAAGAUUCUCAUUCUGAUGGUGCACAUUUAGGAUUAAAUGCAGAUACGGACUCCCAACAAACUGUUUCUAAUGCAUCUAAUAAUAAUCCCACAAAUAAUACCAUCGGUUGGACUGGUGCUGGUGGCUCAGGGGGUUUUGCAGGUGACAGCUGUGAGCUUAUGGCUCUUUCAGCAGGUCUUGCACUCGGGCUUGUACUCCUACAGAGAGGCGAUACACCAUGUGGUUUGUCCGAUCUACAAUGGGCGGAGAAAUUACGUGCGUAUAUGACUUCGGGACCAAGGAGUACGAAUUCAGCUGUUGCAGAGAAUCAACAAUUCACCGUGCACUUCUCAUGUGAUCUGCAUGAAAGAUGUUUACCUAUUCAGCGCGUGAAGGGGAGAGGUGCUCCCCAUCGACUAGUAGACCAUUCAAGACGACCUCAUCAGACGAGUGUUGAACCUGUUAGUCCUCAAAAUAAUUUAUCAGAUUCUUCUACAAGAGGUGCUUCUCUCUCUUUAAGUGCCUUUCGAACUCCCAGCUUACUGCUGCACAGUGAUUACUCAACGGAACCUUUAGUUGAUCCAGAGCGAUUUCUAACUAAUGACCAUUCACAUAAUUCAAUGGAUGUCAGAGGAAUCUCUUCAUCCAGUCGACAACCUUCAUCUCGUCGUCGCAGUUUAUCUAAUACUGGUCCUGCGACAUCUCCAACUCUAACAAAUGGCCCUAAUAGAAUUUCAUCUACUGUUUCUGACCUUGCUGGUCGUUUGGACGAAUGUUCAACUAAAACAAUAUGGAAAAAUCCUCAGAUAAGGGACCUUCACUGCUACAACGCAGAUGUUAGCGCCCCUGGUGCUAUGAUGGCUCUUGGAAUGGCUUAUUUGGGUAGUGGUAAUUCCACCGUCAGUAGUUGGCUCCUUCCACCAUCUUCUUUACGCCAGUUGGAGCUUAUUCGACCCGACUUGCUCUUGUUCCAAGCGCUUGCCUAUGGUCUUGUUAACUGGAAUUCCAUAGAACCAACUCAAGAAUGGAUAGAUUCUUACAUACCGGAACAAUUGUUUGAAAGGCUUAGCGAGUCCAUCAAACCAAGACCAAAGUUACAUUCACCGAGCGUCUCAGAUAUUCGUGCUACAUUGGGGCAGGCUGAUUUAUCCAGUGAAGAUGAUGUUGAAAAUCGAUGUCCAGAUCAAAUAUUUACUGAUUCUUUAUACCAUGCAUAUGGACGUUCUCCAUAUAAUAGAGGCCGUCGAAGUACAUUAAAUAAUGUUCGUGGUCGACCUGUUCGACGGUCAAGGAGAUAUGAUAUAAGACAAUGGUCUGAAGAGGAAUCUAGUGUCAACAAUAUCAAAGCCGUCCCUGGAAAAAGCGAGUGGUUCGAUCAAUUUGGAUUGCAAAACAAAGAUUCUGUGGAUAUUGAAGCCAUAAGUUUGGCUUAUUUAAACAUCCUAGUUGGAUGUGCUCUAGCUAUGGGUUUGCGUUACGCUGGGACAUCGAAUUCAAAUGCAGCUAAUACACUAUAUUCUCUUGCAAGAAGUCUUUUAAACGAUACUUGGUGGCCUCCAUCAUAUUUGCCGUUAAAUCACCGUCUCAAAAUAAGCAAUGUGAUUCAGAACAAAUAA